AUGUUGCUUAACUCUGCCGGCGAGUACACCCGUCCACGCCUCCCGUCCCGUCCAGUCCCGCAGAGUCCCGUCCCGAGGCCCGCCGUGAUGGCCGAGGAGGACCCCCAGCAGCAGGCGGACCGCGGGGCGAGGAGCCUGCCCGGCCUGCUCCCCGGGCUGCAAGGCGCUGAGGCCAGCGCUCUGCAGCUCAGGAUCAAGAACUCCAUCUGCAAAUCUGUUCAAUCAAAAGUGGAAAACAUCCUGCAAGAUGUCGAGAAGUUCUCAGACAUUGAAAAACUCUACCUCUACCUUAAGUUGCCUUCUGAUCCCAGCAGUAACACUGAGAAAAGUGACCAGAGCGCCCUAUCAUCAAGCCGCACACAGCAGACGCAUGCCUUCAGCUGGAUCCGCAAUCAUUUAGAGGAAUACCCAGAGACUUCUCUUCCCAAACAGGAGGUCUAUGACGAAUACAAGAGCUUCUGUGACAAUCUGAACUACCACCCACUGAGUGCUGCAGACUUUGGAAAAAUGAUGAAAAAUGUCUUCCCGAACAUGAAGGCGCGUCGACUUGGCAUGAGAGGAAAAUCUAAAUAUUGCUAUAGUGGACUGAGGAAGAGGCUAUUUGUUCACAUGCCAUCGUUACCGGCUCUGGAUCUCCAUAAAACAGGAGAUGGACUCCAGUGUGAUGUCCUAGAGUCAGCGGGCCAGCUGAGCAGCAUAAAGGAGGAUGUGCGAUUUGCAGCCUGUGAUCUGGUGUGUGAGUGGGCACAGAAGGUGCUGAAACGUCAGUUUGAUGCCGUGGAAGACUUGGCUCGCUUCCUAAUCGACAGCCAUUACAUCAGCAACAAGUCCCUGGCAGCUCUCACUAUUACAACCGGCACAGCAACAGAGGUUAAUACUCCACAGACCGUCUCAGCAUUCGUCCCGACCGCUGAGGCUCACUCUUUCCAGCCUCAUGUGACAACCCUGUCCUCACCUUCUGUCGACGCAAAGCAGCAGCUCCAGAGGAAGAUCCAGAGGAAACAACAAGAGCAGAAACUGUAUUCUCCUUUACCUGGAGAGGGGCAAACCAAGAGGGCAGAUGAUGGUGUACCUUGUGUUAGCCCUGCCCCUCCGUCACCUCAGCCAGCCAUAGGCAUCGUGGUCGCUGCAGUGCAGAGCCCCAUCACGGUACAGAGAAGCAGGCAGCUGAUGUCCCCAAGUCCAAUGGGAACGGUAGAGAACAAAAUGCUGCCUAUUAACUUCCAAAUGGUGACCCAGCCAGUUCAGGCACUGAAACAGAGCCCCAAAACCCAGCAAAAUAUUCUAGCCAGUCCCGUUGGAGAACGCACUGCCCGGCAGCGAUAUGCGCAAAUCUUGCCCAAGCCUACGGCCACGUCUGCUAUCACUUUGCGCUCGCCCUCCACCAUGAUCAUCGCCAACAGCCCCAUUAAGACUGUGAUGACUACUUGUCACGUCAGCCCAGUCAGUUUGGUCAAGAUGACGGCCAUAUCGCUUGCACCCAGCAGCAUUACCACCACCUCCCUCACAAACACCACUCUGCGGCCAGCAUCUGUGGGCAUUAGCAGUCCUUCAGUUGCAGAGAACAUCAGCUACAAUCAAAGCAUGAGAUGCACCUCGGCAGUCCCCAUCUUGGCCCCGGUGGCCAGGCCAGGGCAGGCUGCUAACACCCAUACCAUCGAUGUUGAAAUGGAAGUUGAAGCUAUACAUAAAAACAGCCAAAUGCAAAAUCCCAGCAGUCUGAUUUUAAGUCAAGGAUCAAUGGCAAAUAGGGGUGGAGGGGCUGUACAAAGGGCUGCCAGUGUGCCCAUACCUCAGACUAGAGGCUUCCUGGGUCUAGAGGAAACAUCCAGCACUAAUUGCAACGGAAAGUCCUCCUCAAGCACUAACACUGUGGCAGCAGUCGAAAGCAGCAAUAACAGCGCUAAUAAUACAAGCACUAUGCAUUUAACUCCCUCCACUCAGAAUACCAGUGCUGUUUCUUUUCUUAACACCAGCGGAACACCUUCAUUUGGGGAAAACAGCAGUGUAACAUCACCAAAGGAAGGUUUCUUGUCCACUAAGAGCCUCAGGAAGCGAUCUGGCCUCAGUCCAGACCUUUCGCCAGUCAAAAGGGUUUUUAUGCCAGAGCAGUCAGUAGAUGGCGCUGCCGGUCUUUUAUAUGGGAUUCGAAACGCGCACGAUAACAUCCCCAGGCCAGGAGCUCCAACUCGACCUGAAAGUGCACCAGCUACCAGGGAGGUAGAGACGAAAAUGAACUCUGUCUUGUCCACUCAAUUCCACGCACUUGGCACUUCCUCUUUCAGAGCCAGUGGCUUCUACUCUGUUGCCAAAACACAGAGCUCAAUGCAGAGGAAAAACACUUCCACUGUUAUGGAAACUAGCACCUCUGUCAGUCACGCAUUACUUCAGCAACAGCAGGGGCACACAAUGGCUAACGUACAUGCAGUACCUAAUAACCCCGGCCUCCAAAAACAUUCAGGUGUCAGUGAUGUUAGGAGUUCAAUCACAGGGAGCCUGGAAGGAGCUCAACAACAGGCAUACACGCAGUCCAACCAUGAACCCUUAGACUUUUUCAGUCAAGCUUCAUCAUCAUCGAGCCACCUCCCCAUGCAGACGGAUAUGGACUACUUUCCCUUUGAUGAUGACGUGACUCAGGACAGCAUUGUGGAGGAGCUGGUGCAGAUGGAAGAGCAGAUGAAACUUAAGAACCUGCAGGAGUUUGGAGGCUGUGCCACACUGCAAGGCCAACAGGCUAUGACGCCAGACAACACAAUGUCCACCAAUCAGACCAUGACUGCUUUCUAUCAUGCAGCAAACAGCCACAGCAACCCGAUGCAAACUCCAACACCGACACCCACUCCUACGCCUACAUCGGAAAUGAUGGGAGGAGUUCAAGGCCUCACUGGAGAGAGCCCCUGCUCCCGCAUCGCCUCCACAACCCCAGUGGACAGCGCGCUGGGAAGCAGUCGUCACACCCCAGUUGGUACUCCACACUCCAACUGCAGCAGCAACGUGCCUCCCAGUCCUGUGGAGUGCAGGAACCCGUUCGCGUUCACACCCAUCAACUCCAGCAUCACUGGUUUCCAUGACGGCAGCACCGUCUCCAGCAGCCCUGUUAAGCCAAUGCAGAGACCGAUGGCCACACACCCAGACAAGACCAGGCUGGAGUGGAUGAAUAACAGUUACAACAACAGCAACGGGAGCUUGAAGUCAAACAGUGGCAUGGGAAUCCUCCCCAGCUAUCAAGGUCUGAUAGGUGACCAUUUUCAAAAACCUCACGCCUUCGCCGUCCCUCAUGCGCGGUACCACGACAACCAUUUUGGCCGCUUGACUCCCAUCUCGCCUGUGCAGCAGCAGGUAGCUAGCAUGGCUAACAUGACCAAGCAGGAGGGUUUUGCUGUGCCUGCCCCUCUGGAUAACAAAGCUACCAACACACCUGCUACAACUUUUCGAUGUCGCAGUGUAAGCCCUGCUGUGCAUCAGAGGACCCUGAGUGGAAACACAGGAAACCUUCCCCAUAUCCCUCGUUCAGUAGUGUCUCCCUUUAACUCUCCUGUGACGCCCGAGGUGUUAAACAUCUUUGCAAGCAGCCAGACGAAUCUUGGGGUGAGCAGCAUGUCUCAGAGGAGCCAUUCUGUGCCGCUCAAUAUUAUGAUGCAAACAGAGGUCCUGCCCACGCCGGGCCAACAAUGCAACAGCAAAAACAUCACCAAUGUCCUUCUGAGCAAACUAGAUGGGGAACAUGAUGACUCUGUGCGGGGUCUGGGCAUCAAUAACUUACCCUCCAGCUACACUGCACGCAUGAACCUCACCCAGAUCCUUGAGUCCGACCCAAACCUCUCCUGCGGUGAGAACCCCCUCAGCCUGAUGACCUCUGACUCCCCCAGUAGAUGCAAGAGGCCAAAUUACCUCAUUGAAAACGCUAUUAAUGAACAAAUGAUUCUCUCUGCAGGUGACAGCCGAGCACAAUCCGCCUCUGGAGAGCAGCAUCGACAGCAGGUCCAGUCUAUGUUGUUGUCUUUGAGCUCACAGCAGCAUCAAGAAGAACUGCAGCAGCAUCAGCAGCUGGAUUUCAGCAGCACUGUGAAAGACCUGCUGACAGACAACGGCCUUACUGCUGGCAGCCAGCUCAUGGAACAGGUGUCAGAGCUGAGUACAGGCGGGGCAGAUUUCCCUUGUGAAAUCAGAAUGACAUCGGAUCUCUCCAGCAGCAUCAAUGACCUUAACGCAUUGGACACAAACCUUUUGUUUGACCCCAACCAGCAGCAAGGGCAAUAUCAAAAUGCUGCUGCAGAGGAGUUGGUGAAUGAUCAGCUGUUUCAGCAAAUUACCAGCGAGGCGGCACAUUCAAGUGGACUUGACUGGCUGGAGAGCAAAGAUCAUCCAACUGUUGGGUUGAUGGGUUGAGAGAAAAGCUUUUUUUGUUUUUUUAGUCAUGUUAAACGUGUUAAUGUGUGGUUGCUGUUUUGUUUUAUUUAUUUUCAGGCAUUUACACUUUAUAAUGCAACACUGGACACAUUGAGGUUUGUCCAGUUUAAGUGCCAGACUGAACUGCAAUGAUGCUGCAACACUCUGAUUAAAAUGCUGGUCAUUUCCCUUUAAUCGGAGAACAUCACCUCACGUUGUUUGAUCAAGAGCAUUUCCAACAAGUAAACAAAAGUUACUGAACAAAACAGAAACCUAAACCUGUUUACUAUGAUGUGUUCAAUGUUUCACUGAAUAGUCAGUGAAAAAAUAUUAACAGAGCCAUGGAUUUCUCAGUGUAAAGAAUUAUUAUAAUUGAUGAGCUUCUUACGACAAUAUUUCUUUAUAUCAAUGUGUCUAAAUUAUGGUAACUGCAGGCAUUGUAUAACUAAAGCAUAGGGUACAAAAUGACAAAAUAUAUUUACUGCUAAACUAAUGUCAUAAAUAAAACAUUUGUGUGCAAUGUAGAUUCACUGAAAAAAAACAAAAAACUGGAAGUAUUACAAGUACGAAGAAACUUUAGAUCUGUGCCAGUACACGUUAUCUUUUCAGGAGCUUUAUGUGUCGGUCUGGUGUCAGUGCAUCUAUAAAAAACAUAUACACACAGUUUAUAGAAAUGUCAUUUAGUGACAAUAAACAUAGAACAAAACAUCCAUGUAAAUCCAUUUAAUAUAUUCUUAUGAUUAACUGAAAAGUGUCUGUUCAUACUUAAAGUAGACAGAACCAUAAAAGGAAGUUCCUGACAAUCAUCACAGAACUUUAAAGAGCCGAGUCAACCUCUCAUCGCUUCUUCAUCACGAUAAUCAAUUGUCUGUGCAUUAAAGGCAGAGCUCAGACAACUUGAAGAUAGUGAUAUCAACUCAUUUCUUUUGCACAUUGUUUUGUUUUUCAAGCCACAUUUUUGCAAAAGUUGUGAAAAAAGUACCAGUAAUUGUCUUGUAUAAUCAUAACUAUAAAGUUAUAUAGGCUGUAAUGAAUGCCUUUAAUUUACAUGUGCAAAAAUGUUAAUUGUUUAAUCAAUAGAUAUAUUAAGAAAUAUCAGCAAUACACUGUAUGUAAAUAGUGAUGAGUUCUCUCAGUGGUUCAGAGUUGUUUAGUGUGGAUACAAGAAGGAUGACCUCUGUCCUACAAUGACACCCAUAAAAAUAUCUUCGAUGAUGCAUUGAGUAUGUAAAGAGCCUUUAUAUAGUAGUUAAGUCACACAGCGCGUUGUGUAGGAUUGUGGGAUACCUCUCCUGUCGUAGUGCAACGUACAACAUGAAAGGUACUCAAACAAGCAGUGAAAGAUGAGGGCUCAACUACUUUACCACUCGUAGGACAAAAAGGGAAAAAAGAACCCAAUUUACUUAAGAAGUAAACUAACCCCGUUGAAUGGGGCAUUCCUGCACUUUUAAAGUAUGAAUCUUAUAUAAAAGAAGAAUUAUGAUGAGGUAAAAAUAAAAUGAAAAUGACUUCAUACUGAGAUUUGUAUUCUGUGCAAAUUAAGCAUUUGAGUUGAAGAUGGAAGUUUUCAUCUGCAAUUGAGUGGAAAUUAACACUUUAUAGCAGCUUUGUAGCAUCAAGAACUUGGAAGUUUGGUUUCCCAAUGAAGCACUCAUCAUACUGCACUGACAAUCUGUAAUACUUGUGUCUCUUUACAUAAAUGCACUGUCUUUGGGAGACACUGCACGCCCGGAGGUAAAAUCAGCAGAUUAUGUUGCUUUACACUGAUGAUGAAGAGCUGUAUGUGACCACAGAGGCGGAGAGACUCACAGGUGCUCCUGAGGGCUUUGAUUUCUGAGCCUUAUGUCCAUACCAAAGACUUUUAAAUAUAAUCUGCAAUAACAUGCACUAAGAUCUCGGGUGUCUGAUAUUAAUCUCCGGUGUGAUGGGGACACAGCCAUAACAAAUAUAUUCUGUAAUGUGACAUUUGCAGCACUGGAACACAUUUCUUUAGUUAAAAAAAAAAAACAGUACAUCAGGACAAUAUUAAGGAUUUCUUGUUUACUAUUGUUGAUGCUUUUGUAAGUCCCAAAAACACUGAAAUGUAUUCAUGAGCUGUUGUUAGCUUUAGAUCCCUGAGUGUGUUCGUAUUGUUGGUCACACUAACUUUAUUUGUUGUACAGAUUUGGGGGUGUGGCCCGGUUGUCCGGCGUGUUUUUGUUUGACUAUUUAUUUAGUGUGUGUCGUUUGUACAGAAAAUGUAACCUUGCAAACCGUAUAAUCUUGUGAAUACACAAUAAUCUGACUUGCACUGUUAGGAUGUUGUGCGGCAUACUUUUUAAGUGUCAUAUUACCACGUAUCAAUACAACGCGUAACAAUGCUUCUUUAUCAGCAGAUCAUUUGUCCAAUACAUUGUGGUGAAUAAUUAGAUAAUUUAACAAAACUCUGUUAUUCAAAACUCUUCAGAACUGGAGUGUGUCAGUUUUUAAAAUGUGGAAAUGAGACAAAUCUUUAAUUAUAUGGUGAAGUAUUAAUGUCAUCAUAUAUGGUAAACAUCUCUUUCAGCACUGUUGUCACAUUGACCGUUGUUUUAUACAUUUCACAAUACUUUAAAUUUCUGUAAAGGCAGAUUAUAUCAUUGUAAUAUAUAAUCUCAUUUUGAGUAUAAUUUGAUAUUCAGCCAUUUAGGCAAACAUUUCUUAUUUAUAGUCAGUUUUUUGAAUCUGUUUUUCUCAGUUUUGAUGUUUUUGAUCUUUACUGUGUCUGUGAAAACAUUUACUUGGUUAGCACUGGCGUUUGUGAAGACUUUACCCUUCCUCUUGUUGAAAGUGGUUCAGAGCUGUAGAACUGCCCUCCACUGUUAUGUUGCCGUGGUCAGUGUACAGGGGAUUUUUUUCUUUUGCAUUUUAACAAGUGCUUUUAUAAGGGGAAGUGCUUGUUCAUACCAGUUUUUAAAGACUUUUUAAAACUAAUAAACAUUUUUAAGUACAUGGGUA